CUGUAUCAGCUGUUGGUUUGCCACCUGAUCAGCCGGUGAAAGAGGUUUGUGCAACACCCAAGAAGUGCUUUUUGUUUUUAGUUGGUUGUUUAAAAGUUUAACUAACACUUUGUAAAUUAAAUUAAUGGUAGUUGUAAAUUAAAGGAUGUUUUCGUUUCUCAAAAGUCGGCCCAUUUUUUGGGCAAGUGUUACAGGCACCACGAUUGGUGCUGCGUUCUUUAUCAAGGAUUUGAUGCAAGGAGAGAGGUUUAAAAAUGCGAUAAAAGCUGAAAAUAAGGUAGUCAUUGUGACAGGGUCGAAUACAGGCAUCGGUAAGGAGACCGCACGGGAGUUGGCCAAACGUGGCGCCACGGUUUACAUGGCCUGUCGUGAUAUGCAGAAAUGCGAAGAGGCUCGCGAUGAAAUUGUUUUAGAAACCUAUAAUAAACACGUUUACUGCCGGCAAUGUGACUUGGCAUCGUUAGAAUCGGUGCGGAAAUUUGUUGAGAGUUUUAAAAAAGAACAACAACGGCUCGAUAUUCUUAUUAACAAUGCUGGUGUAAUGCGUUGCCCGCGUUUGCUAACCAAGGAUGGUUUUGAAAUGCAAUUAGGUGUUAAUCAUAUGGGCCACUUCCUACUUACUAAUUUAAUGCUGGAUUUGCUAAAAAAAUCUGCGCCAAGCCGAAUAGUGACAGUUUCUAGUUUGGCACAUACGCGUGGAGAAAUCAAUGUAGCCGAUUUGAAUAGCGAUAAAUCAUAUGAUCCCGGCACAGCUUAUAAUCAAAGUAAAUUGGCAAACAUAUUAUUUACUCGUGAACUUGCUAGACGCUUGGAAGGUACUGGCGUUACAGCUAAUGCGCUGCAUCCUGGCGUGGUGGAUACGGAACUUUUUAGACACAUGGGCUUCUUCAAUAGUUUCUUUGCAAGCUUAGUUUUCAAACCGCUGUUUUGGCCCUUCAUUAAGUCACCUCAGAAUGGUGCUCAAACUACACUUUAUGCUGCCUUGGAUCCAGAAUUAAUUAAUGUGUCCGGAAAAUAUUUUAGUGACUGCAAUUUGAAAGACGUAGCGCCUGCUGCCUUGGACGAUGCACUAGCAAAGUGGUUAUGGGCUGUUAGUGAAAAGUGGACCAAGCUGAAAGUUUAAUAUUUUACACUUACAAACAAGUUUUAAAUAAAUUCCAUUUGGUUAUGAAAAUACGUGUAUAAAUUUUUUUUUUUGGGAGUAAACAAUGAAUGAGACUCAGAAUCGAAUACGAAUAAAUUAAUGAAGAAUUAUUUACGUAUCCAUAUGUAGUAUGUAUGUAUAUGAGUAUCUUACAAAAAAACAUAUGACAUCCGUAUUUAAUAGUGAUUUGAAAAAAUGUUUUAAUUCCUUUUUAAUCGCAUCGCUUUGGUUGUCUAAAAUUUAUUCAAUUCAACAUUUCCUUUUCUCUUUGUAAUAUUUCCGUCUCCUUGUUCUAUUAGACGCGAUAUAUUUUUAAUCCAAAAUCUUAUUAGAAUUCUACUGCAUGCAAAUUCACCUGUUGUUUCACCGGCGAAUGCAACCCUGUACUUCGGAGUUUCCGUGGUUCACUUUUGACAGCCAAACGCCAGCUGAGUCGCUGCCGUCCUCAGUUGUUGCGCCGUCGCUGCCUUGUCAUCAUCGUUUUUGUCAUUUCGGUCGUUGUUGUGUGCUAUUUAUUUGGAAAAAGUCUGUUUAGUUUUUUCAUUAGCUACACCCAUCAUCCUACAGAAAAAUUAUUGAAAUUAUAUAAAAAGUGCUUAGUGCAGUGUUAAAAUACAUUUUGAGCACUCAAAAUAAGUGGCCAAAUAACAGGUGAAGGGGAAAAUUUAAGUACAUACAUACCUGUCCUCUUAAGGUUUCCUUUCGCUCGCGUAAGCCACGCAAAUCUCAACGUAGUAGAUCGUAUGUACUUGAUUUUUUCUUGAGUCUCAAUAAAGUGUGAAAGGUGAAAAACAAAUAACGGAGAAACGCGAUUUUUUGGUUAAUUUUGCAAACGAAUUGCAAAGAAUCCCCUCACGAGGAUCGAUAUCGUGCUGAAAAAGUUUUUCUACUGUGUUUUUUAUAAAGUAAAUAAAAAAUAAUCGAAACAAGUGCCUUUUAAAUGUGAUUUAAUUAAAAAAACAAAUUAAUUGCAAACAACAACUCAGAAUAAAAUAGCUACGACAUUAACAAGCAUAUAAUAACAGCAAACAGCAGCAACAACGUGCAAAAAAAACGAGAAAAUGAAAAGAAUUUAAAAUAGCAACAGUCGCAAAAAAAAAAUUAAAAUAAGCUAACAAAACAACAACUCAGCGCAUUAUUAUCUACAAUUCAUACACCAUUCAUAUUAUUCUACCCAUAAAACAAAAACAAAAAACGAAAAAAAUAAGCACCCAAAUUAAAAGAUAAAAUACCGUUUGACGAAAGACGUGUAUUCUGUGAUAAACAGUGUUUCUCAAACUGCCUUAACUAAUAUAAAGUCAA